CCUGCUUCGGUGGUCACCACCCUGGCCAUUGAUCAUGGUCGGCUCAGCGUGCCAAGUGGCUGGGAUGUUCGGCGCCUACUGCGCCCCAGACGUCACUAUCUUGGCGGUGACCUUUGGCCUGCUACACGGCAUUGGGGCUGGCCUCGUGUUUGUGCUGACUGGCACUUUCAUCGAGCGUACUUUCGUCACCAAGCGGCGUCUCCUGAUGCAGCUGAACAUGGUCGCGUUCUGCGGUGCUGGCUCCUUCUUCCCUCGCAUACUGCUAUACAUUGCGCAGGAAUUCGGCUACUCGUGGAUGAUGCUCUUUCUUGCCGGAGUACUGCUCAACGUGCCUGUACUCUGCGUGCUUUUCAGACCAAGGCGGAAGCCUGAAGAAAACAAUAACGUCUUGCCUUCAACUGCAGUUCAGAAAAUUUUCAGCAUCGAGCAGGGAACUAAGCUGAGCUCUUCAGAAAAUGUCGGUGCACCCGUCUCUGGAUCUAUAUUCGCCAAGCCCCUAUUUUACGUCACAGCACUGACGCACCUGAUUUUCUUUUACGUCGUUAACCUCUUCGCGAGUAUCUCUGUGGACACGAUUUUAAGCAAAGGCAUUCCCGUCAUCUUGGCGAUCACCAUCGCGCCCUCGGUGUCUGUGCUGGACUGUAUUGGCCGCGUUGUGAUGCCCUUGGCUACCGAGAAGGGGUGCGUGAGGAGAUCGACACUCGUAAUGGUGGACUACUUUUUCAUUGGCAUCGGAUUUAUUCUUAUCUCCUUGAUCCGGAGUUACCCCGCAAUGCUGGCCACCUGCCUCGGCUUCGGCGUCUUCAGCGGCCACGCAAUUGCAGUGCACAAUUCGCUGAUGGGGGACGUUGUCGGAGCCGAGCAACUCAACUUCAGCAACGUGAUAGUAACCUGCAUCGCCACCGUAUCCUUUCUUACGAAGCCUCUACUCUUCGGUUUCUUCAGAGACAUGCAGGGAUCUUAUGACAACCUGUACCGCUUCAUGAGUGGCUUCAUGUUUCUCAAUGCUUUUGUUUGGCUAGUCGUAAAUCUUACAGAAAGGUUCCGUAAGAAACGAAAGUGGACAACGAGCAGUUCUCAACUCCAGUUGUGUGACCUUCCAACCCUGACUGGCUACCAAGUCAUGGAUUUGACGUCCUUGAUGGCGUGAUGCUGCUGACACUCAAGCAAGUGUGUUUCGCCACCUAGCCGAGUGCAAGUGACUAAAUAGUGGAGCUGGAGCCCACAAGUUGAUAAGAGUAAUCGGGAACUACAGAUGAAUGUUUGACCUUCUGACAUUUGUUGGAAAGCAGUUUUAGAUAGGCAGUCCUGAGAUCAUUUUUCACUGCAAAGGGUUUGUUGUGGGUAAUUACGUGCAAGAAAUAUUAAUUGCAUAUAGAUGUGCAUGUGCGAUGUUUCUUCAUCAGUGUAGGGGCGUAGCUGCAGGUGUGCCAAACCAUGGUCACAAGCUUGUGCCGAUUGAUCUACUUCAAGAAAAAUAUCGCAUCCUGGUAAAAAAGAAAUCAUACUCAUGUUGAGUUGAAUGAAAGUGUAAAUGGGUUUUUCUGUCUUCUUAUUGGAGCACUCGUCAAGUGCGUUUUCCAUGCUUUGGCAUUCGCGUUUCCGCCCGCAAAAUUUGUUACCUCAGAUACUUUGGUGUGACCCCUUUAUGUCUGUCUCGCUAUUCUAUUUUUUUUUUGCUAGAUUUACAGAAUAUCAUGGUUGUGGUACCUGUUCUUAAAGUCAUUACAAUUACGAUGUCUCGGGGGCGAAAGGACCAUGGAGCUUCGGUCAUGAUCAACUAUAAUUAUGUUUAGUAUGAUAAAUUCAGUGCACAGUAGAAUCUGAACGUAUAUUAUGUAGCAAUGUUUAUUGCUCGAAAGUGGCACCAAUAACUACUGGCGUUCGUUAUCCUGCGAAUGAAAUUAAAUUAUGCUAGCAAAUCACAUCGCACGAAAUGCAAGGUAAUUUCGUUGGUGGAAUAUUCUCAUAAUUCUACGCCGAUGUUGUUUUCUUAUGUACAAAAUUCCUUGCCACCUAUAGGCUUCUUUAAGAUUCUUGGUAGGUCAUGAAGGCACUGCAGUCAUUCUGUGAUAACUGUACGCACUGAGGUGGCCAUUACCACGCUAUUAUUCUUUUAAAUUCUUGUUGCAUUUGUUGUCUGUGAUGUGGGCAUUGUUACGCUUGAAACAUUUUAGUUUGUGUGUAUGUAUACUCCAGUUGCGCAUGUCUGCGAGAGCGCAGCAAGGACGUUUUAAAGUACGGUUGCGACAAGCAGUUUCUUUUGGAGAGCCUCGUCGACGCGUCAUGUGUUUUAUGUGGUUCUUGGAGUUAGAACGUUGUACUAAUGUAUCAGAGCUGUUUGUUUAUAUUGUGUCCACGUUUAAAUUUGUGUUUUCUUUUUGCCACCUGAGUUACCUGGCAGACUAGGUUCUUUUGCACGUAAGAGUACAUGCCCCGUCUGUGAAAUAUACGAGAUUAUGUGUGUCGCCACGAGGGACAUGAGCACCCGAGGAGGAAGGCGGUUGGAGGUGAAGAGAAUCGUACG